AUGGAUGAAGAUUAUCAAGAUAAUAAUCAAGAUUCAAAUAAUUUAACAAUUUCUUUGCCAUCAAAUGAUUUGACCAAUUCAAUCACAGUUAAUGAAAAUAUUAAUAUUGAAUCAGAAUUUAGCCAAAAUCAAAAUAAUCAAAACAACUGGCGUAAUUGGGCAAAUAAUAUCUUUAAAAAACCGGGAGAAUCAACUGAUAGAUUAACACCUCAACAAUCAAGAUCUCAAAGUUUUAAACAACCACAUAAUCCAUUAACAAACUUACCAUCACCAAAUUUACAAAAUGGGAAAUUAAUUGGAAACAAUAAUGGGAAUGCUAUUACUACAAACAAAUCAAUGAAAAGAUCAAAAUCAUGGUUUUUUCGUCAUCAGGGAGCAUUCAAAAACGGUAAUAAUAAAAAUAAUGAAGCUAAUUACAAAUCCACUUCACAUUCACCAGUUGAGUUGGUCAUUUCAUCUUCUACAAACGGAUCAGUGGUUGAAAUUGAUGCAAAUAAUCAUGAAAAUGACUUACAACAACAAUUGAUCAAAUUAAAAUUAAAUGAUAACUCACCUAUUCUAUUAGGUUGUUAUAAUGGCUCACCAGUCUAUUCAACAUUUAUUACCAAGAAUGAUAAUAUUUAUUUAUUUAAAUCUAAACUUUUUCAAUAUGGCUUAUUUGAUAAAUUUGAUGAACCAACUUAUCAUCCAUGGAAUGUUUGGAAAUAUGAUAAAGACAACUAUCAAAAGAAAUUAAUCGAAUUAAUUGAAUCAAAAUCUGAUUUUAAAAAAUUUUUUAACAGAAUCUUUCAUUUAAAUUUGAAAUUUAUAAUCAUGAGAAGUUGUUUAGUUCCAGAUUAUGGCUUAUUUAAAAAUGGAUAUUUGAUCAAAUUAAAAACAAUUCAAGAAGGAAAAAGAAAUGAUGAAUUAAUUGCAUUUUUCAGAAAUUGUUGUGAAAGAAUUUUAUUUACAAAACUUAAUGAAAAUAAAUUAAUGAAAAUUACUGUUGUUGGUGUUACAAUUGAAAAUUUGGAUAAAGUAUCACAAAUUAUGUUUUGGAUUCAUCCAAUUUUAAAUAUGUCAUUUGAUAUUUUAAAUCAGACUAUUAUGUUAUUAAAAACAUUUAACUUUAAUGUCAAAUUUACCUCCAUUUGUUUAAUUGAUAUUAAUACUAACUCAAAAUUCAAAAUUGAUCCUGAAGAAGUAUAA